AUGCCAAACGACGCCAAGCGCGUCGACAGCCGCGACGACCUCCUGGCCACAAUUUCUCCGAAGCUCAUCAGCCCGGGAGCCGAGCCGAAGCCGAGGUCCAUAGGCAUCGACAUGGCGUCGCUCGCGAAGAGCGAGCGGAACGCCGAGAAUACAGAAGAGGACGACAUCAUCAAACGCCUCGACGCGCCCGUGCUCGUGGUUUUUGAAUUACCAGACGGGUCCGAGGGCGAAAAAACCUUUAAAUUGGGUCAAACGGUCGAGGUCCUCAAGGCUUUUGUGGAGGACGAGUUCGAGAUCGACAUGAGCGCGUCGCGCCUAUAUUUGGGGGAUGAGGAGAUGCCCGACCCGUUCUCCUUGUCGGACUUUCCGUCCGUGUCGCCUAGAAAAGCGUGCGUCGUCCGCGUCGCGGGCGAGGUGCCCGAGCGGGCGCAGAAGAAGUAA